AUGGUGGUGAAGGGACUUGGUGAUGAUUUUUUGGAGCUAAAAGACUUGAAGGAGAAACUUGUCAAAGCAUUUGAAAUCAAAGAACUUGACUCAUUAAAAUACUUCAUUGGAAUUGAAUUUGCAAGGUCUAAGGAAGGCAUUUUUAUGAACCAACGAAAGUACAUCCUAGAUCUUUUAAAAGAGAUGGGAUUACUUGGUUGUAAAGCUGCUGAAACACCUAUAGAGCCUAACUUAAAAUUGAAGCCAGCUGAACCAGAAAAUGUAAUGGAUAACGGGAGAUAUCAGCGGUUGGUAGGGAGGCUAAUCUAUUUAUCCCAUAUACGCCUGGAUAUAACCUUUGCUGUGAGCAUGGUUGAUUCAAUGAUAGGAGGGAAUAUAACUCACUCAAGAAUGUAA